UACGCCUUCGAUAACGUUCAUUAAAAGAUGCAUUCUAUUAAAAUUGUUUGUUUGGUGUUGUGUUGUUUGCAAUGUUUUGUUACAGUUAAAUCUGAAAUAAAACCUCAGCUAGAAGCUGUUAAUUCGACAUCAGCCGAGGAUAGAAAGGAUGUGCAAUGGAAGAAGCCGCCCAGAAAACGAGGCACAUUCAGCUUUAGCUUCCCACCAGAAUUCGGACACGGAUUCCAUUCCAAAUCGUUGUCACAUUUCAAAAAAGAACUCGGCCCAACUCUAGUGGAAAAAUACGUGCCAGUUCCAGUCCACGUGAAAAUUCCAGUCGAUCGUCCAGUUCCAGUACACGUUCCAAAACUGUACCCAGUUCCAGUGGAAAAACCUGUACCAGUGCCGAUCAAAAUAAGCGUUCCUCAGCCUUAUCCAGUCUACAAAAAGGUCGCCGUUCCGGUUAAAGUUCCAGUCGAUCGUCCAGUUCCAGUCCAAGUUCCAAAACCAUACCCAGUCUAUGUGGAAAAACAAGUACCUUAUCCCGUAGAUAAACCAGUGCCAGUGCCUGUAAAGGUUCCAGUAGACAGACCAUACCCAGUUUACGUAGCAGUAGAGAAACCAGUCGAAAAGCCUAUGCAGAUAAAAUGGCAAACAGAAAAACCAAUGAGUAUGGCUAUGAAUACAGGCAGUAAAUCGAUGUUAUGGUUCGAAAAACCUGACACUCCUUUUGUCUUUAAAGAAGAACCAGAUAACGAGAAAAUGGUCUCGUCUUGGUUCGAACUGCCAGAGCAAUCGGAAUCGGCUGAAAUUUCAUGGCCACCUGAAACCGGCGAAAUAGAAAUUAGGAAAUAAUAGACUCGAUAAACUUUCAUUGCGUGUAUAUUUUUUUCAUUUUCAUUUCAAACCUUCAUUGUUUGUGUGUAGUACCUACCUACCUAUUCGUGAAGAUAUUUUUUCACUCUCGUUUGUUCUCGUAUAAUAAAAGUGUUUGUUACCGUUA